AUGAGAGCAACCUUAUUUUAGUAGUUAACAAAAAUAAGGGCUGAAUCAGCUAAAUCAGGUACAAAUCGAAACAAACCAAUACUUGAUACUUCAGAUCUUCUUCCUAGAUCAAGUUUUCAUAGAAAAAGAAGAUAAGAUGAUCAAAAUAAUUCUUUUAAUGAAUAUUCAUGUUCAUUCAGAUUUCCUGAUAAAGAAAGAUAUGAAUAAGAAAUUAAGUAAUUGAAAAAUAAUAUGCAUCACUUGGAAAAUGAAAAUAUAAGACUGAAAACUAGAAUUCAUUAAAUGGAAGGUAUUAUCAAUCAAAUUCAAAUCUAGAUAAUUAACUGAAAUAAGAAAAAAUUAUAUAAGAAUUAGAUCGCAUAGGUCCUGUCAAAGCUCCUCUUCUAUAAGCAUUGAAUUUUUCAACUGCUUAAACUGCUUUAAAAAAAGAAAUAAUUAAUAUUAGGUAAGAGUUGCAAAAAAAGGAUAAGGAACUAUAAACUUUGAAAAAAACAUAAAGAUUAUCUUAAAUUACAGAAUUGUAAAUUGAAAGAGCUGCUUUUGAAGAAGAAACAAUCAGGUUAAGAUAAUAAAUAGAUUCGUUAUUUAAAGCAAGUUUAUUUAAUCUACAAUAGAAUAAUGUAGAUUAAAUAAUUUAAGAGAGAUUAUUUGCUUUGGUAGCCUAAAUCUAAUAAUAUUUAAUGCAAAGAAGGGAAUUGGAAAAAGUAAUUGAUAGAUUAAAAAAAGAAUGUCUUAAAUAUAGAGUAUUAAUAUUAAAAUUAUAAAGUCAUAACAAAUUGAUGCAGAAUACAGAAGUAGAAGAGAAAUAAAGAAAUUAAUUGCUUAAUUAAAAGAAGAAACUUAAAAUAAUCAAAAAGAGAAUAAUAAAGAAUUAAAAUAAAAUCCUACCAAAGCUGAUGAAUUAUAAAUAUUAACUGAUUUGAUGUUUGCAAAAUAAGAAAUUAAAUCAAAAGAUAAUGAAAUUGAAAGAUUAAAUUAAAUUAUCUUUGAUUUAGAGGUAUAAAUUAAAGAAAUUUCACUAUCUUAAAAUUAAGAAGCAUAAGACCUCUAAAAUUAAUCAUAAUAAUUAGAUGCAACUUCUAAAUCGAAGUAAAUGAAAUUAUCAUCCCCUGUCUUUGCUACUGAAAUUUUAUAAGAAAUAGCUUUGCCAAUUAAAAAAUCAAUUGUCAUUUAAGAAUAACAAUCAGUAAUUAAAUAACCUCCUAAAAGAAGAAUAAUACCUGUUAAAUUUGAAAAUAUCAAAAUUAUAGGAGAAACACUUAAAUAUAAACUUAUGGCAAUGGAUAUAGGAAUUUAAUAAAUAGAUGAUUAUUUAUUUGAAGGGGAAUUCAUGACAAUCAAAGAAUUAAAAGAUAAAUUAAGAUUAUAUCCAUUUAAUUUAACUAAGGAUGAAGCUUUUUUAUUAGCAAGAUAUAUAAUGGAAGGUGAAAAUGAUGUUUAUGAAUUAGAAGACUUGGCUUAGAAUCCUACUCCAUAUAUUCGUUCAGUUUUUAGAAAAGUAUUGUUUAAUUAUAAAUUGGAAAUUGUUAAAAGUUAAUUUGAAUAUUCAGAGAAAAUAAAAGAUGUUUUAACAAGAUUCAAACCUUUUAUUAUAAGUAACAUAAAAUAAUUGCAUGGAAAAGAAUGUAUUAGAGUUAGUAAAAGUUAAUUUAUUGAUGCUAUGGCUUCUUUAAAUAUUGAAUUAAAUUAAUUUGAAAUAGACUAUUUAAUUAUGUAAGGUAUUUUGGAAAGUAGGAGUGUAGAAUCAUUAAAUUAUGAAGAAAUGUUAAAACACCAACCAAUUAAAAUAGAGGAUUAAUAGCUUUCAUUUUUGUUAACUGAGAUUACUAAUGAAAAUAAGUAAAAGGUUGAAAUGUCUGUGAUAAUGGAAUGUCCAGAGAAAGUUUCAGAAAUUGAAUAAUAAGAAUAGGCAAAUGUUAGCAAUACUAAUUUUAAUGAAGAGUAAUAGUUAGAUGUAGAUAAUGAAUAUAUAACUGUAGAUUAAUAUGUAAGGUAGUAAUUUGAAUCAGAAAAUGAAAAAUAUAAGUAAGAAUUAUCGUCAGAUUUUAAUAUAGAAUAGUGAUAAUUUUUAUUUAAUUGAUAUUAAAGUACUAAUAAAAUUUAUUUGUUAAAUAAAAAAUAUGAGCUUUAGAGUAGAAGAGUCUCCUCAAUUUAAAGAAGAAGAAUUAAAUCUAUCCAAAAUUUACUAAUAUAGAGAAUCUCACUUCUCUGGUUUCUCUUUCCCAAGCAGUGUUAGACAUUAAAAAAGAUAGACUUUUUAAGCAUCUGUAGAAACUAAGACUCCAACCCCCAAUUAAACCAAUAUUGAAAAUUCACCAUGUGAACUUAGCUAUGAAAUAGAAAGAAUGGUAAAAGAAAGAGAACAAUUAUUCACUGAUGUACAAUACUAUGAACCUAAGGUUACUUUUAAUAUAGAUGAAUCACCAUAAAGAAUUAGAAUUCAAAGAAAUAGUGCUCCUAUGCCAAACACUUAAUUAUAUCACUUAAAUCAACAAAUAAUAGAUGCUGAGCAUACUUAUAAUUAGUACUGCUAUUAAUUAAUUUGA